GCGCGCGGUGGGAGGGGUGUAACUGUGCUGGUGCUUCACAACUUGUACUGUACACCGCACUCUGUUUUCCCUAUUCCAAUCAAUGAGUAUUGUUAUUGCCGGACUUGUAUCUGAUUGCCAGACAACUGAAACACGUCUAUUCAACUUUGUUACAUAAAGGUGCCAUGCUGUUGGGGGUACGUGGAUGAACCCCCCUUUCUGGAAGCAUGGCGUCGCCAGGAGACAGAGAUGCACUGGUGGAGAGGGGAUACAUCCCCCUGGACAUUGACAAUGUCCACAUGCUUCUGCAGGUGGAGCAAGAGCAAAUUCAGAAGAGAACCUUCACUAACUGGAUCAAUGCUCAGCUCUCAAAGAGGAUUCCCCCGUGCAUGGUGUUGGACCUGUUCAAUGAUUUCCGGGACGGGUCCAAGCUGCUGGACCUGCUGGAGGUGAUGAGUGGCCAGCGGAUGAGUCGGGAGAGAGGCAGAGGCAUCUUUCAGCACAGGAGCAACAUUGAAACAGCCCUGUCCUUCUUGAAGAAGAAAUCGAUCAAACUGGUCAACAUUAACAUUCCCGACAUCAUCGACGGCAAACCAUCCAUCAUCCUAGGCUUGAUCUGGACAAUCAUUAUGCAGUAUCAUAUUGAGGAGCUGGCCAGCAGCCUGUCAUUCAGCUCCCGUCAGUCCUCUCUGGAGUCACUGGCCAGCCUGGACUCUCGCUCCACCCUGUCGGCCCGCUCUACUAGCAACAGCCCCGUGCCCCCCAGGGGCUCCCCCCUACACCAGCGUUUCCGCGUCUCUGCCAAGAAAGCUCUGCUGCUCUGGGUCAGGGAACAAUGCCACAAGGCUGGCUGUACUCUGAAUGUGAAGGACUUCAAGGCCAGUUGGCGGAGCGGUGUGGUCUUCUUGUCCAUCCUGUAUGCUCUGAGACCUGACCUGGUGGACCUGUCCAAGGCCAGAACCAGAACUAACCGGCAGAACCUGGAGGAGGCCUUCCGCACUGCCGAGCGCGAGCUGCGCAUCCCCAGGCUACUGGAGCCCGAUGAUGUUGAUGUGAGAGACCCAGAUGAGAAGUCCAUCAUGACCUACGUGUCCCAGUUCCUCCAGUACUCCAGAGACAUGCCUGUGACAGAGGAGGACAUGCAGAUGUACUAUAUGACUCCUCCUAAAAGCCUCUCUCCUGUCAACCUGCCCACUCACUUCACUCCUGCCAUCGCGGCCUCCCCUCUGCGCCAGACCACAACCAAUCAGAAGACCCAGGAAGUGACCUGCUGGCUGUUGCAGGCCUAUCAGGAGUUACUGGAAGGCUGGGACUCCACAGAAGGCGAGAGCUAUUCAGAGAGAUACCAUGUGUUCCAAACCUUUGUGGUGUCCUUUAACGAGCAGCGUCGCCCCGUGAUGCCUCUCCUGACAGCCAUGAAGCGCACCCCCCAGCUGAGUGAAGAGCAGAGGAACCUCAGGGGGGCUUGGGACGCCCUCGCCGAGAAGCUGCGUGAGUAUAAGACAGAGCUAGACCUUAGUCUGCCUGCUUCCCUGGACAUGGUGGGCCGCUGGCUGCUUAGGGCUGAGGGGGCGCUGGCUGAGGAGGAGGGGGACCCUCAGGACCACGCCCGCGCCGCCGAGGUAGCCAGGGAGAAACUGGAUCUGCUCAAGACAUCUCUGGACGAGAUGCCCCAACAACUUAAGAACUUUCAGAAGUUCCAGAAUAUGGAUGAAUAUGGAGCCAUCCUGGUGCCUACUGACAAACUGGAAGAGAUGAAGAGAAGGUUCACCAGUGUAAGAGUCACUACCAAGUACCAUGGGAUCAAACUGGAGUACCAGGAGCAUCGGCACACAGUGCUGGACCUGCUGGGCCAGAUCAGCAGCAAGCUCCGUGUCUGGAAGAGACCCUACAUAUCCCAGGAGGCUGUGCGUGUGCUGCUGCAGGACUGGCAUGAGUUAGUGGAUAAACAGAACCUACCAUCCUUGCUGGAGGGGGCUCUCCUUAAAUUGAAGCUUGUUGCAAGCAAAUAUACUAGCAAAUCUGCCCUAGCUGCAGACUCCAAAUACAUAAUGUGCCAAGUGAAGGAGUUGGAGGAGGAGGGUGCUGUGGCACUGGAGGGAGUGUCUACGGUGAAGAGCACUAUGGGCCGUGUGCUGUCUGCCUGGGACUCCUACUGUGACUGUUACAGCUCCCUGCAGGCCUGGCUGGAGCAGUUCUCAGCCUCCCACACGCUCGCAGAGAGGCCAGAGUUAACAUCUGAGAGUAUGUCAGAGUGGAGUUCCCGCCAGGCCCAUCUGAAUGAGGUGGGGAACUUCCUGGUCCAGCUGACUGACCCCAUGACCAGCCGAGCUCUGGCAGAUGACCUCUGCAAGCUCAACCUGCAUUGGGCGGACUUUAUUAAAAUAACACAAUUUGCUGUUGUAGCUGUGCCCAGCGGAGCUGCAGCCAGACCCCAAGACCUCCAGGCCCUCUUCAGAGAGGCCACCCAGAUCCUGAAGGAACCUGUGGAGGCCAUGUCUGGGCCCCUGAGGACCUACACGAAGAAACUACAGUUCAUGAUGAGGAAGAUAAAGGAGGUGGAUAUGGAUGCCCUCUCCCCCUCCACAGAAUGCUCAGCUGAGACUCUACAGAAGCUGAAGCUGGCUUUACCUGAGGUGAUGCAGACACUGGUUGAGGCUGAGCAGGUGUGUGUGGAGCUGCAGCACAGUGUGUCUGGUCUGGACGGCCGCCUGGCAGAGCUCCUGCACUGGGAGACAGAGGCCCGGGACCUCUACCAGAUCCUAAAGGCAGGAGAACGCAGGGCUUCACGGUGCCAGGACCCCCGCGCCAGGGUGCUGAUCUCUCGUGGGCUGCAGCUGGAGGGUCAGGUGGUGACAGAGGAGCAGGAUCUGCAGGUGAUGGUGAUGACAGGACAGAAGAACUCUCCCCUCCAGUACCUCCUUGUCUCCGCCAUGCAGGACAGAGUCAGAGCUGCCGUGGCUCAGUCACAGGAGGCAGUUGGGAUGCUGAGCUCUCUGGGAGCCAGAAGAGACAGAAGCCAAAGCCCCACAGAAGACCAGCCCCCACCCAAGAUCUUCAUCCAGCCUGAAGAGGGGACUCAACCCGAACAGCCUCAAUCACUCUCUCUUGCCAGGCAUGUAACUCAGGCCUUUGAUCAAUUAGCAUCUCAGCCUGAUUUGAUACCACAGCCCCAGUCCCAGCCUUCCUCUAAACCACAAGCUCAGGCCCAACACCCACCAAUACCACAGAUUAUAGGACAGGAAUACAGAGAGAAGAAGGCAAGUCCCAGUCCUCCACUCCUGUAUUCCUAUGCACAAGCUGUGACUCAGUCAAAGGGCCGAGCACAGUCACCUCCAGAGCCACAGGUUGCUGCCCAGAGCAAAAAACACUCUCCACCCCUAACCCAGAAACAAUCACUAGUGCAGCAACAGCCACCAUCUCAACAACAGCGUCCAACUCAGCAACAAGUACUCUCUCAGCAACAAGUACUCUCUCAGCAACAAGUACUCUCUCAGCAACAAGUACUCUCUCAGCAACAAGUACUCUCUCAGCAACACGUACUCUCUCAGCAACAGCGUCCAACUCAGCAACAAGUACUCUCUCAGCAACAAGUACUCUCUCAGCAACAAGUACUCUCUCAGCAACAAGUACUCUCUCAGCAACAAGUACUCUCUCAGCAACACGUACUCUCUCAGCAACAGCGUCCAACUCAGCAACAAGUACUCUCUCAGCAACAAGUACUCUUUCAGCAACAAGUACUCUCUCAGCAACAAGUACUCUCUCAGCAACAAGUACUAUUUCAAAAACAGGUUCUAUCUCAACAACAAAUAUCUGCUCAGCAGCAGAUUCAAAGCCAGAAACAGGCCCAGAAACAGACUCCAUCUCAGCAACCGGAAAAGACACAGAAGCAGCCUCUAACUAAGGAAGAGAUGCAGAGCCGGAAGAAGCAACCUCAGGCCAUGAAGAACCGACCCUGGCUCCAGAAGAAGGUCAAGGAUCAGGAUCAGGCUUCAGCCCAGGCUCCAUCCCAAGCUCCAGCCCCGGGUCCAUCCCAAGCUCCAGCCCCGGGUCCAUCCCAAGCUCCAGCCCCGGGUCCAUCCCAAGCUCCAGCCCCGGGUCCAUCCCAAGCUCCAGCCCCGGGUCCAUCCCAAGCUUCAGCCCAGGCUCCAUCCCAAGCUCCAGCCCAGGCUCCAUCCCAAGCUCCAUCCCAAGCUCCAGCCCAGGCUCCAUCCCAAGCUCCAGCCCAGGCUCCAUCCCAAGCUCCAGCCCAGGCUCCAUUCCAAGCUCCAGCCCAGGCUCCAUCCCAAGCUCCUGCCCAGGCUUCUAAUCAAACACAGGCUCAACAACAGCCAGAGAAACCAAUCAUGUCUCAAGUCCCUGUCCAGGUAGUUCCACAGCCUGCAGGAACACCCAGGCCCCACCCUCAGGCACAAGCCAGGACUAUGUUUCCUUCUCAAUCACAGACCAUGGCUAGUGCUCAGGCUCUACCCCAAGCAGGGCGACAGCAAGUCCCCCAGGCAUAUCUUUAUGGUCAGCCUCCUGCCCAAUCUCUAACCCAACCCCAAGCAAAGACCAAGAGCCACACUCAACCUAAACCAACGGCCCAAACCAAACAGCAACCCAAGACUAUUAUCCAUGCUCCAUCCCAAACCAUGAUUCACACUGAACCCCAGCCCAUAACUCAAGGCCAAGCACAGCUCAUGACCUAUGGUCAAUCUCAACCUAUGACCUACUCACAAUCACAGAUGCAGGCCAUGUCUCAAUCCCGGAUGACUCAAGAGAAACCCCAGCCACAGGUCCAGAAACCUCAGCCACAGGUCCAGAAACCACAGCCACAGGUUCAGCCACAGGUUCAUCAACUGAUGCAUCCACAGUCUCAAGCUCAGGCCCAACCACAUCCCCAAGCAUGGGCCCCAGUCAGGCCGCCACAAACACUCACGGAGACGCAUCCACAGGCCCAGGCUCACCCACAACUCCAGGCCCAGCCUCACCUUCAAGUUCAGCCUCAAACCCGGGCCCAUCCUCAACCUCAUGUCCAGCCUCACCCCCAGGCCCAGCCUCACCCUCAUGUCCAGCCUCACCCCCAGGCCCAGCCUUAUCCUCAAGUCCAGACCCAGCCUCAUCCUCAAGUCCAGCCUCAUCCUCAAGUCCAGUCUCAUCCCCAGACUCAGCCUCACCCUCAAGUUCAGCCUCAUCCCCAGGCCCAGCCUCAAUCUCAAGUCCAGUCUCAACCCCAGGCCCAGCUUCACCUACAGGCCCAGCUUCACCCCCAGACCCAGCCUUACCUUCAAGCACAGCCUCACCCCCAGGCCCAACUUCAUCCGCCUCCUUAUUCCCCUGCUCAGGCUCAACCCCAACAAUGGGCCCCAGUCAGACCCUUCAGCCCAACUUACCCUCAGCCAAAGGGUCAUCCCCAGCCAAUAACCCAGGUAACCCCAGUCAGACCUGAACCACGGCCACAAGCCUAUCCUCAGCCCAUCAUGGUCCAGCGUCACCCUCUUCCUCAGGCUUACCCACUAGGUCAAGCUCCACCGCAGCAAUGGGCCCCAAUCAGGCCAGAGCAAGCCCCCCAGGCAUAUCUUUAUGGCCAGCCUUAUGGCCAACCUCAAGCCCAAAUACAGCCCCAAAGCCAUGUUCAACAGCAGCCUCAGGUGAGAGCUUACAACCUUACCAAUGUUAAGGCCCAGCAAGGCCAGUUCCAACAGCAGCUAUGGGCCCAGCCCCAUCCCCAGCCUCAAAUUCAACCCCAGCCAUAUUUCCAGCCUCAGCCACCUCCCCAGACCCAAAUUCAACCCGCAACCCAUUUGCAGCCUCAGCCCCUCUCUCAGACUCAUUCUCAGACCCAGAUCCAGACCCAGCCCAAACUUCAGCCUCAGCCCCACUCUCAACCUCAUUCUCAGCCCCAGAUCCAGCCCAAGCUUCAGCCUCAACCCUACUCUCAGCCACAGCCUGAGCCCCAGAUCCAGAUGGAGCCCAAGCCCCAGACCCAUAUCCAGCCUCAACCCCACUCACAGCCCCAGACCAAUCCUCAGUCUCAGCCCAUGAUCCAGCCCAUUCCCCAGCCCCAACCAGAGCCACCACCCCAGCCCAGUAUCCAGCCUCAGCCUCAGCCCCAGACCCAACCCCAGCCACCUCUCCAGCCCAAUAUCCAGCCUCUUCCCCAGGUCAAGCCUCAGCUCCAGCCUAAGACCCAGCCCCAGCUCCUUUUCGAGCCUCAUCUCCUUCCCCAGUCACCACCAGAUUCCCCAGAGCUCCAGAUGAAACCCCCAGCUCUGGCCCAGGCCCCACCCCAGGCUUACACCGAGGCCUAUGCCAAAGCUCAGGCCCUGGCCAGGAAUCAGUUUGAGGAGGCCAAGCACUGCCUGCAGGAGCACAUCCUGGCUGCCAUUAAUGUCUUCAAAGACAAACACAUAUCUAUCGAACAAGCUUCAGUGAAGGAGGAGACCCUGAGGACCCUGGACCCUGAGCUGUUGAAAGUGUUCCUGAGGGCAGCAGAGGGUAUGGAGGCCUUCUGCACCAUGCCUCAGCUCAGAGAUAUGGAGUUUUUCACACAGUCUGUCAGGACCCAAUGGGAGGCAUGUUUCUCUGCAGAGGGCAGCCUAGCCCAGGCUGGGCAGCACCUGGAGGCCCUGAAGGAACUGUGUGACACCCUGAGCCCCGAGGAUGCCCACCGUCUGGCCCAGGCUCAGCUCAGGGAGUGUGAGAAAAGACUGGCCGCCAUCCAGCGGCAGUUCAGUGGAGACAGGGAUACACCGCCCCCCGACACACCUGGAAUUCCUCUUGACCCGGGGAAAGAUCUGACCCCACAGAAGGAAUCUACAGUGCAGAGUGACAAACCUCCAGGCCCAACUGAGGUUUCACAAGUUGUUGUGAAGACAGCGGUUGUUGAGAAGAGGGUGAUUGACGAGAAGGAGAUUGACAAGCAGGCAGUCAUAGAGGAGGAUCCUGCCAAAAAGGAGGCAUUAGAAAGAUAUGACAUUACUAAGAAGGCUGUUCAGGCUCAACUAGCCAAGAUCGAGCAGAAUUCCGAGAGAGACCUGGCCGCUGACUCAGUCUCUCUCAGAGAUCUGCACACACGUCUACAGGAGAUACAGACAUUGUGCCAGGACACAGAGUCUCUGUGGUCUGAGUUUGGCCACCAGUGUUCUCAGAUCUCCCAGUACAGUGGGGAGAGUGGUGAUGGUGGUGUGAGUGUGGAGCACGACCAAGCUGAGCUGAGGAAGCAGUGGAGAGGUCAGCAGUCAGCUCUGCAUAGGAGAGGUAGCUCUCUGGGGGCAGCUCUGAGACAGAUAGACUCCACAGAGAACCACGUUGUUGACUUCUCCGAACGCCUGGACUGCUUCAUCAGAGAGCCCAAGGACAUCAACGCAUUUACACUGGCCAACACCAACAUCCUGACGGACAUCAAGGACCUGGAUGAGAGCAUUCAGAGAGAGCUGGACCAGCUGUCUAGUUUUGACUCUGAUUCCAGUGAGCUGGAUCCCAGUGACCGCUCUCCUUUGACCCGUGUGGUCAAGACCCACAGAACCAGUCUAGACAAGCUGAGACAGCAAGUCCGUAAGAGCGAGGCGGCCGCCAGGGCCCUGGACCGCUUCCUCAUGUCCCUGCGCACCGUAGAGCAGGACAUCUCUGGAGUACAGGGUGCCCCCUGCAGCGAUGCGUGGGUAUUGCAGGACUGCCGCUCCAAGCUGACCCUGAUCAGGCAGAGUGUGGACAGUCUGGGGGACAAGGCCCCCCAGCUAGACUUGCUACUCCAGGGGGCCAGGCUGUCUGUGACUCGGGACGGGGCCCCAGCCUCCUGCCUGGACAUGGUGUCUGCCUUGGUGCUGCGGCUUGAGGAGGCUGAUGGCGGUCUGGUCAGCCAGCAGCACAGUGUCCAGAGGGAGCAGGAGAUGAGGGGCCUGGGCCUGAGGAGGAGGACUCUGCUGGGGGAGCUGAGGAAGGUGCAGGAGGCAGCAGAGAGGCACGGACUAAAGGAGCCAACCAUGCCUGCUGUGCAGCAGAGGCUGCGUGUCCUGUCUGACCUGGAGGGCCAGCUGAAAUCCCAGCGCUCUGAGCUCCAAAGACUCCGGGAGGCCCACUCUCAGGGCCAGGAGGGAGAAGGCAAUCCCCUGGAGGAGCUGAAGACCCAGUGGGAGAACACCCAAAGAGCUGUGGCUGACAGACAGGAACAGUGCAACAUCCUGUUGGAACUACUAAAGAUGUUCCAGAGCUGUCGCAGUUACUUAAGCACCACCAUGCAGAAGGCGGAGCAGACCAUCAGUGAGCAGACCUCCUACAUGGGCAAGGAGAACCUGCAGAGGCUUAUAGCUAAGGUCCAUGGUAUAAAGGAGGAUCUGAGUGGCUUGGGGACAGGCAUGGAGGAUAUCAGGGGGGUGUGCAGACAGCUGCAGUCCCAUCUGAAGAAGAUCCCUGACUGUAAUGAGACUCCAUUUGAGGCCGAGGCUGAUGGACUGGUGGACCAGUGGCUGGAUGUGACAGAGAAGACAGACUCCUACAUAGAUAACCUGCGCAUGGGGCUGGAGCUGUGGGACAAGCAGCUGAUGUUAGGGGGAGAGGUGGAUGGCUGGGCAGGGGACAAACUUGCCCUGUUUGCAGAGAGCCACCCCUUCCAGAACGAACAGGACGUCCUGACCAUGAGGGAUGAGAUCCAUGCCCAUGAGGAGAACAUUGAGCAUUUCCACAAGAAGUCCAUUGAGAUCCAAGAGCUUCUUCAAACCCAAGAGGCCCCACUGGAGCUACAGGUGAUGGAGACCCAGCUGAGGAAGAAGAUGGAUCAGGUGGACGAGCUAUUCUCCGACAGCACCGAUGUCUUCCAGGAGCUGAUCGCUGUAAAGAGACACCUGGCAGAGAAGGUGACAGAGUGCCAAUCUGCCCUGCACACCAUCCAGUCCUCUCUGGGCACGCUCAGUAUGCCAGGAGACCAGUCCCAGAUGCAGGAUCUGUGUGAGCAGCUACAGGCCCAGGAGGAGCAGGCAGGUUCAGUGCUGAAGGAGGUGGGUCUCAUGUCCAGUGUAGCCAGCCCCCAGGUGCUACAGACCCUGUCUAUAGACUGCACCAGGCUCAGAGAGAACAUCUCACACACCAAAUACAUGAUCCACCAGAAACAGGAGGAGGGAGAAAAGGGGCUCAUCAAGGUCAUCAAAAAUGAGAGCCAUUUGUUUGAAGAGUGGUUCCAGGAUCUGCAGUUGUCUGUGAACGAGUGCUUUGAGAACCCAGUGUGUAAACAGGACGUGGAGGCCUCCAUGAAAAGACUGGCUUGUUUCCUGGUGUCUAAGGAUGGUGAGAAGCGUCUGGGUCAGGUGAGCGAGCACCUGGAGAGAGGCAGAGAGCAGGUUCCGCCAGAGCAGCUGGCCCACCUGAAAAGCUGGCUGGGGGAGCAGGAGAAGGAGCUGGCCACAUUCAGAACCCAUUGCCAGGGCAGACAGAGCCAGCUGGACACUGUCCUCAGAACCCUCAACAGUCUACAGCAGGAACAUGAAUGUUUCCAUGGCUGGCUUCAGGCCUGGGAACACAAGUCAGUGGAAGGAGAACAAGUCAACAACUUUCUCAAAGAUCUCCACAAAGAAAGUGAGAGAGUGGAGGCCCUCAGUGAGUUGUGUUCGUCGGUGCGGAGGCAGGGUCUGAGAGGGGACAGCCUGCUGACUGACACUGACGACCUCAUGCAGCGCUACCGGAGCCUGGAGGCCAGACUGCAGCAGCAGGCCGAGACCCAGAGAGUCCUGGAGGAGACCAGUAGGAUGUUUGAUACCCAGACUGACAGCACCAGGACCUGGGUUAGAGACCAGCAACAACGACAGCAUCACCAGAUCCAGAAAGAGGAGAGAAUACACACAGCACAGGUCAUUCUCAGUUCGAGACCUGAGGGAGACUCUAAGCUGCAGGACUUGAGAAGACAAUGUCAAAGUCUGUGUGAACAUCAGGACCUGGAGGAGAGCAGGAGACGAGAGGUUCAGCAGACAGUCAGAGACAUGGAGGAGGAGUGGAGGAGAGUCCUGCAGACUGCUGAGGAAACUCUUACCAAAGCUGAGAUGCAGAGUGCUAUCGAAGGCCAGCUGAGAGUGUUUGACUCCCAGACAGAAAGUACCAGGACCUGGGUCAGAGACCAGCAGCAACAACUCCACUCUCUGGGCAACCAGGCCAAGACUGAGGACCAAAGACACACAGCACAGACCAUCCUGAGCUGCAGACCUGAGGGAGACUCUAAGCUGCAGGACUUGAGGAGACGAAGUCAGAGUCUGUGUGAACAUCAGGACCUGGAGGAGAGCAGGAGACGAGAGGUUCAGCAGACAGUCAGAGACAUGGAGGAGGAGUGGAGGAGAGUCCUGCAGACUGCUGAGGAAACUCUUACCAAAGCUGAGAUGCAGAGUGCUAUCGAAGGCCAGCUGAGAGACUUGGAAACCCAGAAGGAGAACUCCAGGGCCUGGAUCAAAGGCCAACAUCAACGCUUACUUUCUUUGGGCAGCCAGGCCAAGACAGAGAACAGAAUACAAACUGCACAGGCCGUCCUGAGUUCCAGAACUGAGGGAGACUCUAAGCUGCAGGACUUGAGGAGACGAGGUCAAAGUCUGUGUGAACAUCAGGACCUGGAGGAGAGCAGGAGACGAGAUGUUCAGCAGACAGUCAGAGACAUGGAAGAGGAGUGGAGGAGAGUCCUACAGGCUGCAAAAGAGGCGCUAGAUCGGGCUGAGGUACUAGAAAAAGAGCUGAGAGCUUUUGAAACCUGGAAGGAAGGCACUCGGGUCUGGGUGAAAGACCAGAAACAACAGCUACACUCUCAGAGCAGCCAGACCAAGACUGAGGAGAGACUACAUACCGCACAGGCUGUCCUGAGUUCCAGACCUGAGGGAGAAUCUAAGCUGCAGGACUUGAGAAGACGAUGUCAAAGUCUGUGUGAACAUCAGGACCUGGAGGAGAGCAGGAGACGAGAGGUUCAGCAGACAGUCAGAGACAUGGAGGAGGAGUGGAGGAGAGUCCUGCAGACUGCUGAGGAAACUCUUACCAAAGCUGAGAUGCAGAGUGCUAUCGAAGGCCAGCUGAGAGUGUUUGACUCCCAGACAGAAAGUACCAGGACCUGGGUCAGAGACCAGCAGCAACAACUCCACUCUCUGGGCAACCAGGCCAAGACUGAGGACCAAAGACACACAGCACAGACCAUCCUGAGCUGCAGACCUGAGGGAGACUCUAAGCUGCAGGACUUGAGGAGACGAAGUCAGAGUCUGUGUGAACAUCAGGACCUGGAGGAGAGCAGGAGACGAGAGGUUCAGCAGACAGUCAGAGACAUGGAGGAGGAGUGGAGGAGAGUCCUGCAGACUGCUGAGGAAACUCUUACCAAAGCUGAGAUGCAGAGUGCUAUCGAAGGCCAGCUGAGAGACUUGGAAACCCAGAAGGAGAACUCCAGGGCCUGGAUCAAAGGCCAACAUCAACGCUUACUUUCUUUGGGCAGCCAGGCCAAGACAGAGAACAGAAUACAAACUGCACAGGCCGUCCUGAGUUCCAGACCUGAGGGAGACUCUAAGCUGCAGGACUUGAGGAGACGAAGUCAGAGUCUGUGUGAACAUCAGGACCUGGAGGAGAGCAGGAGACGAGAUGUUCAGCAGACAGUCAGAGACAUGGAGGAGGAGUGGAGGAGAGUCCUACAGGCUGCAAAAGAGGCGCUGGAUCGGGCUGAGGUACUAGAAAAAGAGCUGAGAGCUUUUGAAACCUGGAAGGAAGGCACUCGGGUCUGGGUGAAAGACCAGAAACAACAGCUACACUCUCAGAGCAGCCAGACCAAGACUGAGGAGAGACUACAUACCGCACAGGCUGUCCUGAGUUCCAGACCUGAGGGAGAAUCUAAGCUGCAGGACUUGAGAAGACGAUGUCAAAGUCUGUGUGAACAUCAGGACCUGGAGGAGAGCAGGAGACGAGAGGUUCAGCAGACAGUCAGAGACACGGAGGAGAAGUGGGGAGAAGUUCUUAAGGCUGCAAAGGAGGUGGUGGAUAAGGCCGAGGUUCAGAGUGUCAUAGAGAGGGAAAUGAUUGAAUAUGUUACCCAGAAGGGAAGCAUUCAGGCCUGGGUCAGAGACCACAAACAACGCCUACACUCUCUGGGCAGCCAGAGCCAGACUGAUGACAGAAUAAACAUAGCACAGGCUGUCCUGAGUUCCAGACCUGAGGGAGACUCUAAGCUGCAGGACUUGAGAAGACGAGGUCAGAGUCUGUGUGAACAUCAGGACCUGGAGGAGAGCAGGAGACGAGAGGUUCAGCAGACAGUCAGAGACAUGGAGGAGGAGUGGAGGAGAGUCCUGCAGACUGCUGAGGAGACUCUGCGUCAGGCCCAGGUGUGGUAUUCUCUCUCCAGGCAGCUAGAGGCCUUCCAGGCCCUGGAGGAGAGCAGCAGAGCCUGGUUUAAACUGCAGCAGCAGAACACAGACUCCCUGGGAACAGGCACCCGGGGCAGCAAGGAAGAGAUCCAGAACAGGCUGCAGAAAGCAAAGGCUGUCCUGAGUUCCAGACCUGAGGGAGACUCUAAGCUGCAGGACUUGAGAAGACAAGGUCAGAGUCUGUGUGAAAACCAGGACCUGGAGGAGUGCAGGAGACUAGAGGUUCAGCAGACAGUCAGAGACAUGGAGGAGGAGUGGGGAGAAGUUGUACACAAGGCUGAGGUGGUGCACAGACUGUUGCAAGGUGUGGUGGAACGCCUGGUGUCCUGUCAGUACCAGAAGUGUCAAGCCCAGUCCCGUCUGGCUGAGCUCCAGCACCAGACAGCAGAGCUGCCCCGUCACUUCCCCUGGCCUGGGCUGGGAGACCGAGGGCAGGCUGUGGAGACGGCCAGGACCCUGCUGGAUAAAACCAGGAACCUGGCCCCAGCCCUCUCGGUCCUCCACACCCAGGGCAAGGAAAUGUUCCAGCUUACCCAGGACCCCAGCUGGACAGACCUCUUCUGGGCCACCAUGGAGGAAUGCAUCCCUGCCCUUCUCAAAGAACUGACGGAGGCCUGUGUGAGGAUGGAGGAGGGCAUCCACAUGGAGAGGCACUGUGCCCAGCUAGUGGAACAGCAUGGGGCAGCCCAGGACUGGCUGAGGGAGCAUGUGAAGGGUCUGGGCCCCCAGCCCACAGACAGACAGGCUCUACACAGCUACGCCAACACCCUGAAGGCCCUGCUCCAGACUGUCGACAGGGAGGAGAGGGAGAUGAGGGAGCUGGACGCAAUCCGAGACACCCUGCUGAGCCGCUGCACCCCUGCCGGUCGGGACACCCUGACCCUAGAGGUCAGCCACCUCCACGACCUCCUCACUUCUUCUGAGAGGGAGAUGAGGGAACGGCUGGGAGGCUGCGAGGCCCAGCUGAAGGAGCUGGAUGCGAAGAUGGCCAAGAAGGCCCAGGGCCUGAGGGAGAGGGCCAAAGCCCUGCAGUGGGAGCUCCGUUCUCUGGACCAGGCCCUGAGCUACAGCGAGCCACACCCCAACAUAGCCCAGCUCCAGCAGCACUGGCACAGCCUCAAGAACUGCGAGAGGUCGUUGGAGGGGUUAGGGCUUAAAGUUCAUGACCUGCGUCAGGCUGCCAGAUCUGCAUCCACAGAGGAGGACCUUCCCGCUGAAGUCAUCUCCAUAAUGGAGUUACUGAGCCAGCAGCACGACAGUCUGAAGACCAGGUUAGGUGAGAGGCGGAGCUGCUGCACUGAGAACACAGCUCGCUGCCUCACAGACUCUGUUCAGCUUCUGCAGCAGUGGAACCACUCCUCACCCACACGGACAGCCCCCUCCAUCCAGGCUGCAUUAGAGGAGGGUGUGCAGUUCCAAAAAGCCCUGAAGGAGGUGCUGUCUCACAGACAGUUCCUGGUGGACUGCCUGAAGCCUGACCAAGCAGACAGACUGGAGAAAGACACCACUGCAACACUCAGGGAUGCAGACACACACAGCACCUUUCUCACCAAGACUCUGAAAGAUGUAGCUGAGAAGAGUAAACAGAAAAUAGAUGUGACUCAGCCCGUUGCUGUCAUCUCAGUCCAGACAGAAGACAAACCAGCCGCACCACCUAGGAGGACAGCCAAGACCAAGCAGACUCCCACCCAGGAGAGUCAGCAAGCUACACCACAGUUACUUCUCCAUAUCACAGAGAAAAUCAUACCACAGCCACUCCCCCCUGUCACAGAGAAAAUCAUACCACAGCCACUCCCCCCUGUCACAGAGAAAAUCAUACCACAGCCACUCCCCCCUGUCACAGAGAAAAUCAUACCACAGCCACUCCCCCCUGUCACAGAGAAAAACAUACCACAGCCACUCCCCCCUGUCACAGAGAAAAUCAUACCACAGCCACUCCCCCCUGUCACAGAGAAAAUCAUACCACAGCCACUCCUCCCUGUCACAGAGAAAAACAUACCACAGCCACUCCCCCCUGUCACAGAGAAAAACAUACCACAGCCACUCCCCCUUGACGCAGAGAAAAUCAUACCACAGCCACUCCCCCCUGUCACAGAGAAAAUCAUACCACAGCCACUCCCCCCUGUCACAGAGAAAAACAUACCACAGCCACUCCCCCCUGUCACAGAGAAAAUCAUACCACAGCCACUCCCCCCUGUCACAGAGAAAAUCAUACCACAGCCACUCCCCCCUGUCACAGAGAAAAUCAUACCAGUCAAACAGGAGACUUCAGCUGUCACUGCCAUGGCGCAUACUGAAGCACCAAGUUCAGGGUCUGUCAUGACACCAGAACCGGCAAAGGAGAAUAAAACUGCUGUCAGAAAGGUGCCAAAGGCUGCAGUAGAGCCUAAACAGAGCACGAUAGUGACCACUCGAUCGGUUGAAACCCUGAAGACGGACAUAACCUCCUCCACCAUCCAAAUACAAGAUACCAAGAGUCGAUCGUCUGAGACCCUGAUGACAGAGAGAACUGCAGUCAAGGAGCAUGGUGAUACUCAUGUCACAAGAGUAGAGACUACAACUGUGAAGACGGUUAGUCAAGCAACUGACCAGACAGACCAAGGCCUUGAUCAGGAGACAUAUUUGACGGAUGCCCUACGCUCACAGCAUGCUUACAUUGACUCUGAAAGACAAUGUAGUCAUGACGACACACAAGUAAAACAAUCUCAGGUACAACAAGCUCACGUCCCUGACACAAAAAGCCAAGUGUGUUAUGAUGUCGACACACCGCAGCCACUAGAGAAGAAAGUGUCCUCGGUCAUUCUGGACACUGACACUGUGUAUUUGGAGACACCAGAGAUGUGGCCACUGAUGAGCAGUGACACCGCACGUAUCAUAUCCUCCGGAGAAGUAGUGCUUGAUACAGACAAAAUGGACUCGGACACUCAGUCCACCAGUUCUGGAUAUCCAGGAACAAAGUCAUUCAGUCCGUCCAGUCACAGUCCACAGCAGACAGAAUCACAGGACUCCACGGUAAGGCCCAGUGAACACCCGGAGAAUAGGCUUCCUCAGUCCCAGUCGGACAGAGCUGUGGAGAACAAGGUCAAGUAUAACACUGAGGAGUUAUGGAAGGACAGCAACACUGAGACUGAACAACGAGACCUUAUACUGGACUUGCCUGAUAUGGCUCAGCCCACUGCUGUUGCCUCUGUCCAGACAGGAGUCAAAGCACCACCCCCGUCCACACCACCUCGCAACAAGAGAAAAGCCAAGAGCCAGCAGGCCCAGCCCUCUGACACACAGCCUGACAGAGCUGUGGAGAACAGGGUCAAGUAUAACACUGAGGAGUUAUGGAAGGACAGCAAGGCUGAGACUGAACAACGAUACAUUGUACUGGACCUGCCCACAGUGAGCGAUGUUGCUGUACCUCCUGCUGUCACCUCAACCCAGACAGAGGACAAAUCAAAAGCACCAUCCACACCGCCUCGUACUAAGAAGACAGCCAAGAGCCAGCAGGCUACAACCCAGGCCCUUCUACCCCAGGCCUCUGACACACAGCCUGAGAGAGCUGUGGAGGACAGUGUCAAGUAUAACACUGAGGAAUUAUGGAAGGACAGCAAGAAUGAGACUGAACAACGAUACAUUGUACUGGACCUGCCAACGAUGAGUGAUGUCCAGAAAGAGCCUGUGGCUACUGCUGUCACUUCAAUCCAGACAGAAGACAAAACUAAAGCACCAUCCACAUCGCCUCGUACCAAGGAAACAGCCAAGAGCCAGCAGGCCCAGCCCUCUGACACACAGCCUGCUGUGGAGAACAAGGACAAGUAUAACACUGAGGAGUUAUGGAAGGACAGCAAGGAUGACACUGAACAACGAUACAUUGUACUGGACCUGCCCACAGUGAGUGAUGUGGCUGUACCUCCUGCUGUCACCUCAACCCAGACAGAGGACAAAGCAAAAGCACCAUCCACACCGCCUCGUACUAAGAAGACAGCCAAGAGCCAGCAGGCUACAACCCAGGCCCUUCUACCCCAGGCCUCUGACACACAGCCUGAGAGAGCUGUGGAGGACAGUGUCAAGUAUAACACUGAGGAGUUAUGGAAGGACAGCAAGACUGAGACUGAACAGUGGUACAUUGUACCGGACCUGCCCACAGUGAGUGAUGUCCAGAAAGUUGGGAAAGAGGACCAACCAAAAGCACCAACUCCACCAGCACCUUCUGCAUCACCCCUGGCCUCUGAGAUAAGUAAACAGAAGGCCGAUGUGGCUGUACCUCUUGCUGUCACCUCUAUCCAGACACAAGUCGAACCAAAAGCACCAGUACCAUCCACACUGCCUCGGACCAAGAAGACAGCCAAGAGCCAACAGGCUCCCACCCAGGACAAUCAGCAAGCUAAGCCACUGUCACACACCCCUGUCAAAGAGAAAACCAUACCAGUCAAACAAGAAGCUUCAGCUCUGACUAAACCGGAGAGCAAGAUAAUCGGUUCUGAUCAACCCAGUCAAACAAAGAUACGCGUCACUAAGACAUUGCAGUCAGAGAAAGCAGAGACAGUGUGGACUGAAAUUGACAUAUCUCAGGCAGAGGUUAGCAAUGCAUGCCUACCACAGACUCAACCAGAACCCUCCAAAGCAACGAGUGACAGAGCUAUUGAGGUUCAGUGCAGAGGGACCUGGGAAGAGCAUGAUAAAGAGUGGAGAAGUGAACAUGACCAAUGUGAGGUGCAAGAAAGUCUGACCGAACCAAAGGUGAAGUUGGAGGCUACUGCCCAACCAGACAGAAAACAGUCAGCUAUAAUCGAAAGUGAGAGUCUGUCAGUGAGUGAAAAACAGCCAAAGAGAGAUGCUGCCCAACCAAUCAAGCAACAUGGAGCUACAGCUGCGACUGAGAACACCCGAAAAGAAGACCGGGAGAGCAGCACUAAAGACCAGCCAGAGCAGCAACAGGUGUGCAGCACAGAGAAGCCAGCAGCUCCUGUUGAGGCAGCAGUCCCUGUUGUAAACAAGGAGACUCUAACCCCAGACCUUUUUGUGAAAAAAGAGACCCCAGCUGUACCAGAAGGACCCACCAUGCAGGACAUCUUCACUGACAUCCAGCGCCUGUCACAAACUGGACCAAAGAGCAUUCUCAUUGAGAUCAAACCUUGGGAGGACCCCAUGAGGAUUCUGAACACGUCUCUGGCUGACCUGCAGGCUCAUCUGAGCAGGCUGGUGGUCAGGGUACUGGGCUGCAGAAACCGCCCUGCAGACCUCAGCCCCGCAGCCAUGGCUUUGCAGGUGGAGGAGGCCGAGGAGUGCAGACAGGCUGCUCAGACCCAGGUGUCUGUGUUCUCCCAGCCCAGAGAGGCUCAGACUGCAGACCGGGAGGCCUUUGAGCAUGUGGAGAGCCAGUGGGGCGCAGCAGUGUGGGAUGCCUCAGAAGCUGUCCACUGUAAGGAGGCCCAGCUGCAGCUGGUCACUGAGGCGGACAGGCAGACACAGACAGUCAAGGCCACUCUGGAGAAGCUGUCUGCAGAGCUGGAGACCCUCACAACAUCUCCAGUGGAGAGCAGCUCAGCAGAAGCUGAGGAGCUACGUUCCUUUCUGCGGGGUAUGGAGGAGGACAGGACCGUCAUGGGGGAGCUGAUCCUCACUCUUACCAAGCUGUACCCCCACCUGAACCAGGCAAAGCGAGCUGCUGCACAGAUCCAGCAGAUAGACCUGCAGGAAGAGUGGAGGUCACUGGAGAGAGCUUCAGAGAAGACCCUGUACUGUGUCAAUGGCUAUGCCAGGGAAACCAGCAGCCUUCUCGCAGAGAUCUCCUCUCUUCAGGAGCAACUGGAGGUCAUAGGAAAGGCUACAGGCUCACCCCAUUCCACUACAAUCCAGUGGGACAGCAAGAGGGCCCAGGAGCUGAUUAUGGUGAAUGCUGAGCUGACUGCAGCUCAGCAGAAAUACCUCUACCUGCAGCAGGGCUCAGAGGCUCUGGCCCACAGCCCCCAAUGGGAGAAGGAGACAAAGCAGAUAGAACAGGGGCUCCAACAGGUCAAGGAGCAGCUGGAUCGUGUUGGAGAGCAGGUGUCCUCUCAGACCCCCAGCAGUGACAACCCUAUCAUGAAUAAGAUCCAUAAGGUAAUGAUGGACGCGUUUGCCUGGGCCAAGCAGACGGAGAGCGACAUCGAGGGCCGGAGGAGGAAGGUGGCCCUGCUCCCUGAGGAGGUCCAUCGGCAGAUCAAAGACCUGAAGAAGCUGCAGUGGGAGAUGGCAGCCAAGCAGGCCCAGCUGGAGGCCCUGGUGGAGGAGGUGGAGGAGCUGCUCCCAGAGCUGGACCAGGCUGAUGAUGUCCCCAUGGUGCACUCCUCCCUGGUCAGCCUGGAGAGUCUGUCCAGGUCCACCACAGAGAAGCUAGCCAAGGCUGUGAAGGAGAUGGAGUCAGGCCUGCAGACUAGAGAGAAUAUGUCAGAGCAGAUAGCAGACCUGGACUCCUGGGUGGUGGGUCACCUCCAUAGAGAAGCCUCCAGGAGGGGAGAGGGGGAGGGCCAGAGUACUAAAGACCUGGAUCGCCGGGUCAGACAGAUUCAGGAGACCCUGGUAGAGGCGGAGAAACAGGCUGCUGUGUCCGAGGCUCUUCUCAUGAGGAGCAGAGACAUCGCCUCUGAGCUCAGCAUCACAGAGAACUGCCUCCUCAAUGAGAAACUCACAAACCUCCAGGAGGACAUCAAGAGCAUAAUCAGCUAUGAGAAAGCUAACAAGCAGGAGCUGGAGGAACUCCUUCAGACCCAAGACGCAUCUAGGCACAAGGUGACCACAGUGGAGAAGAGCCUGAGACAGAUGCUGGUGGACCUAAACAGACACAGGUUCCCGGUCACCAGGGAGACUCUAAGCACCAUUGAGCCGUUUAAACACAUGAUCGUGGAGCACAAGUGCCAGGUGGACAAGCUGCAACCCUUCAUCCCUGAGGAGAAGAAACAAGAGCUGCUGUGUGUCAUUUCCCAGUUGCACUGCAAAAUGAGCACACUGAAUAUGAAGGCCAAAGAACACGAGAGGUACCUAACCUUCAGGAAGUGUGUGGAGGAACUGCGGGAAAAUGUGGAGGAGCAGGUCCUCCAGACCAAGGAGGAGAACAGGGGGAAGGAGGAGAGGUACACGACCGGUCAGGUCAUCCUCACUCAGCUCCCUCUGAUAAAGAGACUGUGUGAGGAGGCUGCCGAUGAGCUGCAGAGCAUCUCCCAGGACCUCUAUCCCUCACAGCUGACUGCAGAGCGUGGGAGGCUUAAGCAGAACCUGGAGAGCUUCCAAACCUGGGAGAUGACUGUGAUCAACAACAUCCAGAUCCUGGAGUGGGGCCUGCUGAAGGAGGUACACCUCCAGUCAGAGCAGAGAGCUGUGCUGGCCUUCCUAAGGGACAUCCAGCGGGAGCUGCAGCAACCAUGCCAGGUGGAUCCCACAGAGGAAGCCGUCGACAAGGAGCACUGGAGGAUUGUGACCCUGCGGAUGACCGUGGAGUGCAGACUGAGGGUGUUGAAGAUUCUAGAGCGCAAGAAAGGAACUAGGCAGCAGGAUGGAUCCCCGGAGUAUAGUGACCUGAUGGACCUGAAGAAUGCAAUCCUAAAUGAAUGUGACUUACGGAUGGAGAGCGUUUCCCAGGCACGGGAUUCUUUGAGAGACUACACUGGAGCGGUGAGUGGUGCUGUCCGGUUCCUCCAGGAGGCUGAGGCCCUGCUCCAUCCCUCAUUAGCCCCAGUCGGAGAUUGCCUUGAGAGGCUGAGGGACAUCCAUCCGGCCCUGGCCUCCAUGGAGGAGCAGCUCCAUUCCCAUAUAAGCCAGCUCCAGACCCUGGCCCUCCAGCAUGACUACCUGAGCCCCCAGAUGGUGGAGCGUCUACAGAGGGAGGUGCUGAGCCAGCUCCUGGUGCGGAUGUCCACCCUCCAGGCCCAGGCCCAGCUCAAACUGGAGGUCCUGCAGAGGUGUGCUGAGUAUCACAGAAGGUAUAGGAAGUGCCAUGAGGAGAUCUGCCAGUGUGUAGAAAGCGCAGAGACCCAUCUCUCCUACUGUCACUCUCACAAAGUCAGCUCUCUCACAGACUGCACCGACCAGCAAGCUAAGCUAAAGGCUCUGUCUGAGGAGGUGGACUCUGUAACGGGGCUUCUAAAGUGUUUGGGGGAGUGGUGCCCAGAGCAGGGUUGCCGUUGCAGCAGGGAGGGGGCGGUGAGCGCGCUCUGGAGGCAGGUGGCAAGACUGCAGCGUUGCACCCGCAAUCUGAAGACUCACUCAAAUCAGAGGGCAGACGAAUGGAGUGAUAUUACAAAGAGCGUGGAGCGAGCGUCCAUCAUGCUGGAGCAGGUGGAGGCUGAGCUGCCAGAUGACUCCAGGGAGAAGGUGUGUGGGGAAGAGCUGCAGGUGCUGCUGUUGUACUGGGACCAGUACCAGGACAGGCUAGACUGUGAGCACCGAGCUCUCUCAGCUCUCGAGCUCCGCAUCGCCAGACUGCUGGGCGUCCCCGCCCACCUGGAGAAGGCCCCGCCCACCCCACUGUGUCAACAGUUGCAGGUCAUGCAGGACCGCUAUGGCAGUCUGAAGGAGAAGAGCAUGCUGGGGCGGUGUGUGGUGCGGACGGAGGUGGAGGAGAGGGACAAGGUGAGGGAGGAGCUGAGUGGGGUGAAAGCAUGGCUGGUGGCUGCAGAAGACCGCCUGUCACAGCUGGAGCAGUGUCCCAGCACACAUAAGCUACAGGAGGUUCACACCCAGCUGUGUACCCAGAAGGCAGUGCUGCAGCGCAUCAUGGAGGGUCUGAGGAUGAAGUACUCAGACAUGUACACCCUGGUUCCCGUAGAGAUAGAGGGACCGCUACAGGAAGUUACACACUCACUGCAGGAAGUAGAGGAGAAGGUAGGGGAUGUAAUGGAGAAGAGCGGUCCCCUGCACAGACUGGGAGCCAAGGUGUCUGAGAUCAAGGCUGGUCUGGGAUCAGUGCAGGAUAAACUGCAGCAGAGAAGCCCCUCUCUGUCGGAGGCAGAAAGCACACAGAAGCGUGUGUGGGACGAGCUGGACAUGUGGCACUCCCGUGUGGCAGCGUUGGAGGUGGAGGUGCAGGAUCUGGAGCAGGCUGAGGAAGCCCAGGUCCUCACAGAGAGCCUGACGGAGGCCCAGCUGCUCCACUCACACAUGGCCAAGCAGGCAGAGCACCGGACCGCCUUCCUCAGCAAGAUCAGCACAUGGUUACAGGAGCAUGAUGAGAUGAUCAACAGCUCCAACAGUUGGCUAACUGAGGCUCAGUCCUGGCUCACUGCUCCCUGUACCUACACUACAGCCAAAGAUUUGGCCAGCUACGUCCACGCACUACAGAUGGUGCUGGAUGACUCGCAGCAGAUCCGCAUCACUCUGCAGGGCUUUGUGUCCGUGCUGAACGAGAUCUCCUUGGUGUGUGACAUCACAGCGCAGCAGGAGCAGCUGGCCGAGGCUGACCGCCAUGUGGCCGCUGUGCAGCAGGGCUUUGUGGCUCCGCUCUCCCAGCUAGACCAUGCCGCCGCCGAGGUGGAAGCUAUAGAGACAGAGGUGAAGCUGAUGGAGAAGGACGUCACUGAGUUCAGGACGUUGUUAUCGUCCCCUGACACUCUUCCCAGCCCCAGAGAGGAGAGCCUGAAGGUGUGUGUGGACAGGAUCCAGUCUUUGCGGACGACCAUAGCAGAGAUCCAGAGCUGUAAGCCAGGCCUGUGUCUGCCAGAGAAGGCUGAGGAGACCCUCACUGUCUUUCAGAGAGUGGACCAGCUCCAACAGCAGCUAGAAGAGCUGGAGAAGAUGGUUCCAGGGGAGUUCAUAGUGAAGAAACAGACACUCACUUUACCGCCAGUGAAGGUCCCUGCACCUAGCCCAUCUGUACCCACCUCUUCCACAGAGAAUGUUUCUGUGCCCAGCUCAACAUUACCAGCCACUGAGGAAGCAGACGAGAAUGGAAUGGAGCAGGGCCAGAUCCAGAUAGUCCAUGUAGAGGAAGACGUGCUGAAUAGUUCUGGUGCUUCACUGAUGACCGUGGAGGAGUCUUCUCCUGAACAGAGGCUCAGCUGGGGAAUGGAGAAGAGUCGGGACCCUGAGGUUGCAGCAGAAGAGAGCCAUGCUGCAGCUGAGGAAGAAGGUGGAACCACAGCCAUGGAACAGAGUCAGGACACAACUGAACAGGACCUCUCUGUAGUGGGUCUCUCGGUCGCCUCAGGAACAAGUGUGUCCGAAGCUUUAUCAAAACCUGUGGGCACAGUCAGAACACAGUCUCUGUCUGAAAGCAUGGAGCUCAUGGGACAGAGGGGGCUUGCAUGGAGGGGGGAUGACAGCCACCCAGAGGGGCUGAAGACACACAUCAGAGACACACACACACACCCAGGGGGCUCACCUGCUGCACAUACACUCACAGAGGAUGUACAGACACUCACUGAGGUCGCAGUGGACACAAGUGUCCCCAAAGACAUCCAGACAGUAACUCCAGUCCUUUUACCAACGAGGAGGCUGUCAAAGGUGGAUAGUAGGCUGGUGUCAUCUGAGGCAGGGCAGGCCUGUCUGGUUCAGCCACCCUCUGAGAAGGCUCUGGUUGCUCCAGAGCAGAGGCCCACAGUGCCCCAGCCAAUGCCCAGAAAGAGAAGAAGCGCACCUCAGACAGCGUUGCUCACAGAACCAUCCCAGCCUAUAGAGAUGACACUCAAUGUAUCCACUGGACAGACACACACAGCCUCUAAUCUCACACACCAGACACCUGUGCAAGUUGAGGCAUCUACCCCUCUAGCAGCACCUGAGGAGACCCCCCCCACCACCACCACCACCCUGGGCGUGGUCAGCACACACACUGUCCCCCAGACCACACUCAAACCCACCGAAGAGGACACGGAGGGUGUGCAUCCAGCAGCAACCCUGGCCCCAGGGGUGUUCCCAGCCCCAGCCUUGACUGGAACCUGCCCCACUCUGGGGGUGCUUAAUGCCUACAGUGAGCGGGCCACCCAGCUAGAGGUUUGGCUGGAGAGAGCCCAGCACAGCCUUGGAGUGCUGGAGCGGGCCGCCACUGCCAGCAUGCAGGACAGUGUGGAGCAGCAGCUCCUCACGUGCCAGGAGAUGUUCCUGGAGAUAGAGCAGAAGGUAGCCAGUCUGUCUGUCCUGGAGCAGCAGGAGGGCUCAGCAGGGUCCCACCAGGAGGCUGAGGCCCUCUCCUCCAAACUGGAGCUGCUCAAGACCAGCCUGGUCACCUUCCAGCUGUUGUUGCAGGAGAGACAGAGCCAUGAGCAGAUGCACACCAGCACACAUACAGAGGAGCAGGUGCCGUCACCGUCACCGUCAUCACCCAGAAAGCCCCCUCUAGAGGGCAGACUGCAGCGUAGCGGCAGUGUCCAGGAGAUUCUCUCUUCCUCCAAGAGCAAACUCUUUAGACAGACCAGCUUUCAACAGCAGAAGGAAUUGGAGCAGGAGCUGAGUGAGCAGAGAGGCCUGACCAAGGCUAUCGCCCAGCAGGGUAGUAGAGGUCGUCUCCACAGCCAGGCCCAAAAGGAUCAACCUCAGCCACCCACACGAGUUCCUGUUGAACCUGAAGGAGGGGGGCAGGCAGGGGUCCAAAGGAAGUGGACACACCUUCACAACCAGCUUCUGGCCUUGGAGGAGACUGCACAGCAAGGUCCUUCUGAUGGGACAGACUCAUCUGUGAGUCAGAGCAAUGGAUCAGCCAGUAGUCUCAUUGACUCCCACAGCUUUCAGAACAUGCAGACACACAUAUGUCGGCUGCGGGAGCUGGGCCAGACUGCCAGUGAGGUGGUGACUCAGUCUGUGCCGGACGAGGAGGUUCAUCAGAGGCUGGAUGAGGGUCUGUUUGAGGUGCUAUGUGGGGUGGGCCUAUCUCUGUCCUCACUGACCCGCCUCCUGCAGUCCCCCUCAGGGAAAUCACAUGAGGACACACAGCUCCAGCUGAUGCAGCUCGAGACUCUGGCAGCAGAGCUGGUGACCCUGGGUGGUGAGCUGACCUCCCAGGGGUCAGAGGUAAUUGGUGUUCUGGGGUCAGGUGGAGGUAAUCUGUGUGUGGAUCACCUGGGUAAACUCCUGCCUGUGGUCCAGAGCAGCCUGGCUGCCAGAGAGAAGCAGCUGCAGGCCCAACUGGAGAAGACAGGCCAUCACCAGACACUCUUAAAAGAGUUGCAUGCAGCCCUUCUUGCUAAUAAGUUGGCCGUACAACAAAUGACUAACGAAGCUGUCCCUCAAGACACUUGCAAGCAGCUACAGGCUGUGGUGCAGGUCCAGGGAGAGCUGCAGCUUCAGUCCAGCCAGGUGUCCUCCCUGCAGGAGAGGGCAGAGAGACAGGGUCUGCCCUCCACACUCAUAGAGGAGGCCUACAAGCUGGAGGUUGUGCUGGAAAAUGUGUUGGGCUCUGUGGGGGCCAGACGUGAGGAGCUGAGGGCCAGUGUGGAUCUCCAGCAGCAGUUUGAGAGGCUGCUACAUGGCCUGGAAGUGCUGGUCACCCUGGGCUCAGAGCGUCUCUCACAGAGGCCUGGUCUGGAGCUCCACACCAGGACUGAGCUACAGGACUGCCUUAGCACACAUUCGAAGUUCUUCCAGUUCCUGGGGAUCCACCUGGGGACCCUGCAGCACCUAUCCACGAGAAUCUCAGAGAGCAACCUCCAGAGGUGGGAGGGAGUGAUGAGGGGCCUCCAGGAGAGGGUGACCCAACUGCAGCAGCAGGCCCUGGAGAGAGGCACCACGAUGCAGCGGAUAUUACAGAUAUGGACACAGUGGGAGGAGGAAAGUACCAGUAUGGACACCCUGCUUAGGGAUAUGGAAGCUGACCUGUCCAAGAUGCACCUGGAGAAGGACUCAGUGGCACAGAUUUGCGAGACACUCUCUCUCUAUCAGAAAAUGAAAGCAGUCCUGAAUGAGAGUGGGGCAAAGUUCAGCCGGAUGCAGGAGCAGGGGAGGUGGCUGAAGGAGGCGGGUUGCCAAGGGGUGGGUGUGUUUGGGUGUGGCCUGGAGGCUCGCUGGACCACCUUUCACUUGAGGCUGGAGCAACAACGAGUCAGCACAGAUAGGAACAGGAAACUGUGGAGCAGGUUUUCCCGUGACUUUGUGGCACUGAGCAAGUGGAUCUGUGGGGCCAGAGAACAAAUCAACAGUUGGAUCAUUUUCACUCUCACAGCCAAUCAGGAGCGAGAGCUGAAACCCAUUCACUCCCACCUUAACCAGUAUAUGGACUUCACCAAAGAGCUGGAGGUUAGGUCGGCUCUGAAGGCCUCAGUGAUCACCACUGGAACACAGCUACUGCAGCUGAGAGAGGCGGAGGCAGAGACAGCGCCAGAGCCCCAGUCUGCUGCGCUAGAGCCUUGCUCUGUACAGACCCAGCUCAGACAGAUAGAGCAGGACUGGGCUGGCAUUCUGUCUGAUAUACCUGCUGUCCAGCAGACUCUGCAUCAGUUGUUGAUGGAGAGGCUGUCCCCACAGUGGGCCUUGACAGAGCUGCUAGCCUGGGUUGGAGAGACUGAGGCCAGGCUAGAAGAGCAGCGGGAUAGGGUCCACCAAACCACCUCCACCAACGCGGACCUCAACCUAGUCCUUCAGAGCUUCAAGGUGUGUAAGGCUGAGAUAGCAGUCCGCCAGCUCACAGUGGACUAUGUCAACCAGUCGGAGUUACAGACGAGCAGAGGGAGAUACGAACACCCAGAUUAUGCUGAUGAGUUGGGCGGUCUUAACCACCGCUGGCUCAGUCUACAGGGCACCCUCAACAACCAGAUCCAGGAUGUUGAACAGGAGCUGAGGAUGUGCACAGAGAGAGAGGUCAGACUGCAGCACCACCACACCUGGCUCACCAGUCAGAGAGAGUGGAUAGGCUCAGCCCAGAGGCCCGUCAGUCACUCUGAGGUGGAGAAGAGCUUAAAAACCUGUGAGGGUCUGGAGGAGAAACUCUGGCUAAAUUACACAGCUCUUCAAGAGUUGAAAGAGAAACACCACACAGGAAAAGAGGAUUGCACCUGUGCCUUCAUCACUCAGACAGAUGAUGUCAUUAAGGCCUGUACAGCCCUCAGUCAAGAGAACCCAGCUGUGCGACAGAGACUGAAACAGGUAUUGGAGCUGUGGGCGGGGUUUGAGAAAGGACUGAAUGAUGCAACACUGGGCACAGUGAAGACCUGCCAGGCUAUGGAAUACAGCUGCUUCCCUCAGCUUUCUCUCCAGGCCCUGCAAGGACUCCAUGAAAAGCUCCAGCUUCUAAGGAAGGAGACUGAGGGGUGUGACUCAGAAUGGGACGGUCUGAUCCACACUCUCUCCAUCCUCAGGGACAUGAUCAGUCCUACUGCCACCGUCCUCAUGUCAGAGCAACUGGAUAGAGAGAGAACCAGGUGGAAUAAGGUGAAUCGUGAGCUGGAGAAUCACCUGAAUAGAACUCAGACACUGCUCCAGAUCUGGGGGGCUUAUGCCCGUCUCUCUGUACCUUUCUCCCAACGUCUGCAAACACUGAGGGGUGAUGUAACAGCUCUGAUGAACCAGCCACCUGGUCAGGACAACACUACACAGCUGGUUGCAGCCCAGAUACAGGCCGUCCAUAGCCUGCAGGAGAGAACAGACAGUUUACAGACCGACCUGGAGGGGGUGCUAGAGGCCUCUAAGGAACUCAGUGGACGAUUGGAACCCUCGUCUGCCGUCUUCAUCCAAUCAGAGAGCCGUAUGCUAACCCGUGGUGUCCUACAUCUGAGCCAGUCACUGGCCGAUAAGCUUGGGCAUCUCCAGGAAGAGCAUGAGCAGCUCCAGGAGUUUGAGAGUGUCUUGGCAUCCCUUGAGAAACACCUUGAGGACUGGGAGGGGAGACUUAAAAGUGUAACCGUGCCUCCACAAAUGUAUAUAUCCAAGAUGGGUCUGCUGGAGCUGAGUGGUUUCUCUCCUGACCUGGACAUACUGAAUGAGCUGAGCUACAGGCUGACCCUCAGUGACUCUGCCACCCACAGACUACAGAGCCUCAACUGGACCUGGGCUCAGGCCUCGGCCCGUGCUGUGGAGACCUACAGUGAGUUGCAGACAGAGUCACUGAGGCAACAGAGUUUUCAGGAGAAGUGUGAGAACUGGAUGGACUUCCUACAGACGAUGGAGGACAGCCUAGCAGUAGACCUGGCCAGCACCUACAGCGGCCUGAGAGAGCAGCUACGCACACACCAGAGGUUCCAGUUAGAGAUGUCUAUCGGUCAUCAGAUCCUGCACUCUGUCAUCAAUGAUUCUCUACGUCUGCUGCAGAGGGGAGACGUGGAUGAUAGGAGUGACUUCAUCCUGAAGCUGGCCCAGCUGAGGGAGCACUGGCAGGGGGCUGUUCAGAGGGCAGCUCAAAGGAGCUCCCUGGUGGAGGGGCUAGUCAAACACUGGCACCUCUACAGCCGCAGCCUCAGGAAGCUCCAGAGGUUCGUAGCAGAUGCCCAGGCCCUCCUGCCCCCCACAGGGCCAGCCCACUGCAGCCUGCAGCAGCUCCGAAGCUCCCUCUACGACAUGAAGCACACGGAGCUGCUUUUCCAGAGGUACCAGUGCAGCUACAUCCACACUCUGGAGCUGGGCCGUCAGCUCUUCUCCAUGGGGGACGAACAGACUCAGGCACAGCUGCAGACCGAACUGGCUACCCUGCAGGAGGACUGGGAGAACCUGCAAGGACUGCUGGAAAAGAGAAAGGACAUAACAAACGCUAUCAUUCAGAACUGGGAGCGCUGUGAGGCCAGACUAUCCGAAAGCAUGCAGCAGCUGGACACCACGCAGACCGGACUGAAGCAGUCGAUCCCAGAACAUGACAAUGAGCUCCAAGCUACAGAGAAACUCACUGAGGAGGCUGAGAACUCACUGGAUGACUGGGCUGAGAGCCUGACUGAACUUGCCACCAUGAAGACGGACCUGUCCCAGUACAUCAUUGCUGACGACGUGCUGCUACUCCAGGAGCAGGUGGAGCACCUCCACUGUCAAUGGGAGGAACUCUGCCUCAAGGUCUCCCUACGCAAACAGGAGAUAGCAGACCGUCUCAAUGCAUGGAUCAUCUUUAAUGAGAAAAACAAGGAGCUUUGUGAAUGGCUGACGCAGAUGGAAAACAAAGUGGCACACAAUGCCGACAUCAGCAUCGAGGAGAUGGUGGAGAAGCUGAAGAAGGACUGUAUGGAGGAGAUCAACCUCUUCAGUGAGAAUAAAACCCACCUGAAGCUGCUUGGAGAGCAGCUCAUCACCGCUAGCAACAAGACCAAGGAGACCGAGGUCAACGACAAGCUGAAGGACAUCAAUGACCGCUGGCAGCACCUGUUUGACCACAUAGAGACCAGGGUGAGGAAGCUAAAGGAGACGCUGGUGACAGUGCAGCAGCUGGAUAAGAACAUGAGCAACCUGCGUACGUGGCUGUCACGGAUCGAGGCCGAGCUGGCCAAGCCCGUAGUCUACAGCGUCUGCCACAGUGAUGAGAUCCAGAGGAAGCUGGCUGAGCAGCAGGAUUUGCAGCGGGACAUUGAGCAGCACACGGAGGGCGUAGCGUCAGUCCUGACUCUCUGUGAUGUUCUUCUCCACGAUGCUGACGCCUGUGGGAGCGACACAGAGAACGACUCCAUCCAACAGACCACCCGCAGCUUGGACCGCCGCUGGAGGAACAUCUGUGCCAUGUCCAUGGAGAGGAGGAUGAGGAUUGAGGAAACAUGGCGACUGUGGUGUAAGUUCCUAGAUGACUACUCCCGCUUUGAGGACUGGCUGAGGACAGCUGAGCGCACUGCGGCCAACCCUGUCUCGGCGGAUGUCCUCUAUACCAGCGCCAAGGAGGAACUCAAGAAGUUUGAGGCUUUCCAGAGGCAGGUCCAUGAGAGGCUGACCCAGCUAGAGCUGGUCAACAAGCAGUAUCGCCGUCUGGCCAGAGAGAACCGCACCGACGCCUCCAGCAAACUCAAGGUCAUGGUUCACGAGGGCAACCAGCGCUGGGACAGCCUGCAGAAGAGGGUGGCCGCCGUUCUCCGUAGACUCAAGCACUUUACCUCUCAGAGGGAAGACUUUGAGGGCACACGGGAGGGUAUCCUGGUCUGGCUCACUGAGAUGGACCUGCAGCUAACCAACGUUGAGCACUUCUCAGAGAGCGACAUCGAGGACAAGAUGAGGCAGCUCAAUGGCUUCCAGCAGGAGAUCACUCUGAACACCAAUAAGAUCGAUGCUCUGAUCGUGUUUGGGGAGAACCUGAUCCAGAAGAGUGCUCCUCUGGACGCCGUGCUGAUAGAGGAUGAGCUGGAGGAGCUGCACUCCUACUGCCAGGAGGUGUUUGGCAGGGUGGCCCGCUUCCACCACCGCCUCAUCAACAGACGCCCGGUUCUGGAGGAGGAGCGGGACCUGUCUGACCACGACACAGAUCUGGAGGACUCAGCGGAGCUGGCUGGAAGUUCCUGGGGGGAGGAAGACGAAGAGGAAAAGGAGGAGGAUGAGUCCCGAGUGACGGGCGAGUCAUUGGGACGGCAGGCCGUGUGCCGUCUCUUGGCCCCCCCUCUGGAGUGUUCGGGGCGAGAGACCCCAGUCAGCGUGGACUCUAUCCCCCUGGAGUGGGACCACACUGUGGACGUGGGGGGAUCUUCAUCCCAUGAGGAUGAGGAGGAUGCUACCUACUAUAGCGCCAUGUCAGAUGUAGAAAUCACUGAGAGCUCAGAGUCCUUUGUUAAGGCAACUGCCAAAGCAUUGAGAGCAGUCUCGGUGAAGUCGGUGACAGACCCCCCCAGCUGGCACUCCCCUGAGCCACAGGAGAGGAAACAUGUUCCCAGGGACAUCAUCCUGGGCUCCUCUCCCACCCACAUCACCAGCACCCCCUUUCACCAGCAGGGCUAUGUCAAGCUGAUGUCAGAGUGCAGUGGCAGUAUCGACAGUGUGAAGAGGGUCAAACUGAUCUUAAAUGACGAGGAGCUGGAGGACCAAGGCCUCACCACGUUAACCACCGCAGACAAACAGACUGGUGUGAUCGAGCGCUGGGAGCUGCUGCAGGCCCAGGCCCUCAGUGACGAGCUGUGCAUCAAACAGGACCUGCAGCAGUGGCAGAAGCUGAACGCUGACCUCAAUGAGAUCACUUCCUGGCUGGGCCAUGUGCUGCCAGAGCUAGAGAGGCUGCAGAGGCUGGCCCCGGCUACCAGCAUCCGAGACAUGGAGGGCAACAUCAAGAGACUCAAGGAGAUGCAGAAGACGUUCAACAGCUACAAGUCUCUGAUGAUCUCCAUCAACCUGAGUGGGCAGGACUUCCAGUGUGGGGACAGUGCUGAGCUCCAGGAGCUGCAGGAGGGCCUGAGGACAGCCAAUCACAGCUGGACACAAGCCUGCGUCGGCCUGGAGAGCUGGGAAGAACGACUGCAGAGCGCACUCAUGCAGUGCCAGGAGUUCCAUGAGACGCUGCACUCCAUGUUGCUGUGGCUGGCCAGGGCUGAGAGCACACACUACGCCGUCAACAUCCAUGACCGGUUUGCACAGCACUCUGUCCUGCUGGAGCACAGAGACACACUCAUGGCCCUGGAAGAAGAGUUGCGUGGGCGCCAGCGGCAGGUCUCCUCCCUUCAGGAGAUCUCCUCCCAGCUCCUCCUGGAGGCCACGGCCGACGACAGCGUCGAGGCAAAGGAGAAGGUCCACGUUAUCGGCAACAAGCUCCGACUCCUACUGCGCCAGGUGGCCAAUGACCUGCACAUCCUGCAAGGCAGGCUGGAAUCGUGUCCAACCAGCUCUGAGAUGGAUAGUGUUGCUCCGGGAUCGCUCAGCUCUCAACUCCAGCUGCCGAAGGAGCAAGCUGGAAUGAGAGCUGCAGGAGUCCAAGACGCAGGCUGCAGAAAGGAGGAGAAGGGAGAGUCUUCCUCAGCUCGGCCAUUCUUCUACAGGGUACUGCGUGCUGCCUUCCCCCUGCAUCUGCUCUUCCUGCUGCUCCUGGUGCUGGCUUGUCUGGUGCCUCUGUCUGAAGAGGACUACAGCUGUGCCCUGUCCAACAACUUUGCCCGCUCCUUCUACCCCAUGCUGCGCUACACCAACGGCCCCCCGCCCACAUGAGACAGCAACAACACCCACCCCCCCUGCCCCCGCCUUUUAAAGUCCCCAUCCACCACUGUCGGAAACGGACCCGAAAAACACAGAGACUGGAGCCAAGCGUUCUGUUUCUCUACUCCAAAUGUUUUUUGUUUUUUUAAUUGUCUAAAGUAAAAUUGAAUUAGGUAUUUAUAUUUAAUAUAUGUUGAGCGUUCAUGAAGUUAUGCGGCUCUGAAAAUAAGCCAUAUCAUUGGUUUGAAGUAAACAUUUUUAUAUGUAGUGAAGAUGAUUAUUAUCCCCAUCGAGUUGUUUUCCACAUACAAAAGAAUAUUUCAAAGUUAUUUUAAUAGCUUUGUUUUAUCAUUGCAGAUACUGUAUACUCAUAAUAAUGGCAAACUGCAGUUGCUACCAAAGGAUCAGAGUACUGAGGAUAUUGAUCAUUACUGUUUCUACCAUUUUACUUAGGACAACCAAUUGUGGAUAGCACAUUUUUGUACAUAUCGACUGAAAACGAUUUUGUUUUUGUCUGUUUGAUUUAGAAUCAUGUACACUGUGAAAUGUAAUUUUCACUGAAUUAUGGUAGCGAAUCAACUGCAAACAUGCCUUGCUGUAGUCAAUCUGUUUUUGUUUAAAAAUAUUUUAUUUACACUAGUGUACCUAUGAUUUUAUGAGUGCAUACAAUGUGUGUGUGCAUAUGUGAGUGAGUAACCCUAUCUCCCACAGAGGCCUUGUGUGAUUGUGGGCCACUCUGGGCUGAUGGGGGACAUAUUGAGUGCGACUUACAAAUCGUUUUAGCACCGGAGAACUAAAUCAACAACGUUUGGAUGUACCCAUCUGGAAGCUGCUCUAUUACACUUUUCUUUCCUGCAAAUAUUGUGAGUAAAAUCUGAUGCUGUCAUACCUGUAAAAUACCGUAAAUACACUACAGUAUAUGAAUAUAUAUGUGACAUGAACCUGGGCCAGUCAGUGAGCGAUUAAUGUUGCGGUGUACAUGCAGAAUCAAAGAGUACGUAUAGACUAGAAGGUUUCCUGUCCGUAUGCUUUGGCUUUCUUCACAAAGAAGGCUUACUCAUGUGUAAAAAAUUACAGGCAAGCUGGAGCUGAUCAGAGAACAGUUAAUUUACCUGGCUCCAUUAUUAGUGUACAUAGUCAAGUCACUUUGUACUCCUCUGUAGUACAAUGAAACAAAGAAAACAAUGGUGUACAGUUGAAUACAUUUUUUAAUGCUUAUUUAUGGAUGAUGAAUAGCUUGAAUUCAUUUUUACUUGACAAUAAACAUUGUUUGCCAUAA